CUGGACACCACUGGAACUGCCCUCACCAGCACCCUGCUGUGCAGGAGCUGCCCUGCUGCUAGGAGGCAAAGGAAAGCUGUGGGAGAGCGUUGGAGAUACCACUUGGAGAAGUGUUGAGAGGGAGGAGAGGAGCAGAGGGAUUUUGAGCAGGGCAGGCAUCUUUUCUGCUCUAUAUUGCAGGAUCUGCCCUGCUGCCAGGAGACAAGGAGAUGAUUUAGGAGAGCAUUGGAGACGCUGCCUGGGGAGAAGCGUCAAAGAAAGGAGAGGAGCAAAGGGGUUUUGUAGCAGGACAAGCACCUCUUCCUCAGCUGCUGCACUGCAGGGGGGCAGAGAUGCAGAACUACCUGCUCUCUAGUUCUGUAGGGCCAGAGGAGCUCCCAACUCUCAAGGAGCUCAGCAACAGUGAAAUCUGGAAAAUCUGGUCUGGAGCAUCUCGCUACAUCCACAGACAGCUCUUGCAGAAGAGGGCAGUGGAGACUGGAGUUGGGACAUUUGCAAUUGUCCCAGUGCAUGCCAGUGUGGAAGAGGGCAAGGUUUUGACUGUUGAGAGACCUGUGUUCAUUGUAAACAAACAACUGAGGACAUUCUACAACCUUGAGUGUGAGGAAACCAAAAUUCCUGACGAGACACCUGUUGUUCAGCUGGACUUUGGGGAGAUUGCUGCAGACACCCACUUCCGCCGAGAAAUUGUGGAGCUGUGUGUACAUGAGACCCUGCUUUGCUUUGCUGGGGCUCUUGCAGACGAGAAGGAGGUGGAAUUCUCCUUCAAGGGCAUUGGUAUCCUUGCUGUGCGAGGAAAAGUGGUCAGCAUGACCUUCUUUGAUCACUGCGUGUUGGAGCCAGAUGUGACAGGAAACAUGCUGAAAGCUCUUCUCAGGGACUCCAACAUGAUGAGGAUCGUGGCCUUUCCAGGCCAAAAUGAUUUUAAUCGGGUCAGUCGAGAUGAGGUCAUCACACUACCAAGUCUUGUAGUGGAGACCCCACACCAGCCAUGGGCUCCUCUGAUUUCCCUGAAGCCCAGCAGAGAGUCGGCGCCCUGGGGCGGGGGUUCUCGCAGAGUCAGCGUGCUGGAUCCAGUGUUCCUGGCUCGACGGAGGGUUUCCCAGGCCAGUCAGCAGUCAGUGGAAUCUGAUCAGCCUAAAGACAAGGAGGCUGGCCGAGGAGGGUGA